AUGCCUGCGAGGUUGGGUCUCAGCGCCGCCUUCCGGUCCCUGUCCAUCCGGACAAACCAAUUGCCUCAGAAGCAAUCGAUUGCCGCCGCCGCCGUGCAGGCGCGCACCUACAUUACAGAUUCCACCACCACCUCGUCGAGGCUACCACCCAGAGUCCAGCAGCAACAACAACAACAGCAACAACAAAGGACACAACCGUUCUCGACCGAGACCACCAACAGCAACAAUGGCGACCUUCCACCACCAGUAGAAGUCACCCCCGAGAACGCUGCCGCCCUGUCCCAGCUGUCCGAGAUCGCAUACGGUGUCAAGGCGGCCGACGUCUCGCUCGAGGGCCACAAGUACGGUCUGCCCACGCUGCCGCUGCCGUCGGAGUUGCACCACAAGUACCGCUACUCGGAGGUCGUCAGCCACGCCACCAAGUUGCUUAUGAAGGAUGGAAAGCUGAGCAAGGCGCAGAGGGACAUGGCCAUGAUCCUAAACUACCUCCGCUCCUCGCCCCCUCCCAAACUCAACCCCUCGCGCCCUCUGAUCCCCGGCCACCCUCCGGCCUCGCACCUGCCGCUCAACCCGGUCGAGUACCUCACGGUGGCCAUCGACUCGGUGGCGCCCCUGAUCAAGCUGCGCGGCUACAAGGGUCUGGCCGGUGGUGGUCGCUCGCUCGAAGUGCCGCAGCCGAUUCCUGCGCGCCAGCGCCGCUCCACGGCCUUCAAGUGGAUCUUGGACGUGGUCAACAAGAAGCCCAGCAAGGGGUCUGGUCGUACCAUGUUCGCGCACAGAGUCGCCGAGGAGAUCGUCGCCGUCGUCGAGGGCAGGAGCUCGGUCUGGGAUAAGCGCCUGUUGCUGCACAAGCAGGGCACGGCCGCCAGAGCCAACUUGAACGCGCCGGCGCUGCUUAUGAAGGGCAAGAAGAUGUGA